CUCUAGCAGUGUGAAGUUGCUCAGAGACAGCAAGGAGGGCCGUCUCAGUUGAGUGGCCUGCCUUGAAACCAGACUGGUGAGGGUCAAGAAGGUUAUUGUGGUUAAGAUAGGAGGAUAGUUGAUUAAAGAUAGCGCGCUCGAGAGUUUUGGAAACAAAGGGAAGAAGUAUAAAAGUAAUUCUUUAUUAUAAUGUUUUAAAAACUUCAAAUCAAUUUCAUAGAGAGAUCUUACAAAUGUAAUGAAAACCUUAUCACAGGAUUGGUACAAACCUGAAGACGAGUUUAAACUGUCAAACCGAAUAAAGAUUAUGUACAGUGGCUUCUGAAGGCAGGAGAGACUCAACUGAUGUUCAGCAAUGACUGAAGUUCUGCCAGUAAACGAAUCCUGUGAAAAAAACAAACUGUUGCAUGUAUUUGUGACCAAACAAACACGGACGGGAACCUGCAGCGUGCACAGCUUAUAUGCAGCGACAUUUGUGCUGCAAAGGUCAAAAGUUGUAGAUGCAGAAGCUUCGAGUUCUGAUGAGGUGAAGGAUGGAAAGUGUAACUGUCAACAACAGUGUACAGAGGGAAAAGAAGAUGAAUGAACUUUGUAAAAUGAAGCUGACGUCAGGUAAAGCUGUUUAUUUACCAACAUCAGCGGUCUGCAAACAUGAUUUUAAAAAUCUUCCUGAGAACGACGGGCAGCAGCCGGAUCUGGAGAUGUGACUUUCGAAGCCAUUGAGGGUUUCACACCUGAAGGUCUGAACCAAGCUUCAGGUCUUUGCUCCAUUGUUUUGGUUUCACAUUGUAAUUCAGAGAGCGACAGCAUCAACAGCACAAGUUUGAAUGCACCCAAUGAACGUCCUCGUCCUUCCCACUCUGGACCCAGACCAGCUCUUUUGGCCGGACUAAAUUUUGGUCCAUUGGUCCGGUCUGUGGUCAGAGGAACCUUUCACACCUGUUGAUUUGCUACAGUCUAAACUGAAAAGUCCAAAGGUUCCUCACCAAACAAGGUAGUUGUGAAAUGGCCCUAAAUGAAUUGAUCUGCUGACAAUGACCCAGAGUGCAACGCUCCUUGUCCAUGUUGGUUUGUUCAGGCGUCACAGACAAAUCAGAAGCGGAUCCUCCGCCUCGAGAGGGAAAUUAAAUUGGAUAAAUUCCCACAGUGACUUUUGACCGUAACGAACUGGGACUUGUUAGAUCUAUCGACGUGCCGUCCAUACACAACGAGUCUCAUUAAUUUCUGCACCCCCUGCAGCACACUCUUUUGAACUGUCCUGUCUUUGCAUGUCAGCAAUUUACAGUCAUGAUCCUUUUUAAUUCAUCCCACUAGCCGGAGAUAUUCAGAUCCAAGCAGGAACAACGUGGACACAAAUACAGAACAGAACAGUUUACCAGCAGUCCAACAUUUAUUUCAGAUGCAGCAUGUUUUGCAUAUUGUACGAUCGUUACAGUCGCUCUUCAUUUGCAUUGCACUGCUGCUGAGUGAAGCCACACUUGCUGUAGCAAUGAGCACACGCUCCCAGAAUAGAUUGUGUAUCAGCACAUUGCAUCACUAGCCUGUCAUCUCCUGGCACACAUCACUCACCCCCCCGAAAACAAGUGUUUUGUUUGUGUGCCGGCGCGUGUUUCAUGAUUAUGUGCGUAUUAUCACACCCAGCAGCCGUAAGUGCAGGUUAUUAAAAUGCUUAUUCACCGUGCGCUCCCGUGUAUAUUCCCCGUGUUUGCAAAUAUUAGGUUAUUCAUGCUUUGUAAUCGGUAUCUGCGUUAGUGUUUGUUUUGUUUAUCCGCCUGCAGGAGCCAAGGCGUGAAACUGCACCAUCCUGCGUCAGCCGCAUCGCCGUCGCCGAUAUCAAAGGAAUGGGAAUGUUUUUAUCUCAGGCUUCUGUAGGACACAGAGAGGGGCUGUCUGCAGAUUCUGCACCAGAGCCUGCUCUCAACAUUUCCAAUGGAAAUGUGGGCAACGCUCAAAACACUGGGUCCCACACAUUGUUUUCAGUUGAGGGAGAGAAAGCAGCUUAAAAGGAUGAAGAAGUUUGAGGAAAGAUUGAAACUAAAUCUGGGGGGAUACAGAUUUUUAUUCUGUCUGACACCUCAUAGUGAAUUUAUUCCAUUUCAUGUGAUCUCAAGCCUCUGAGUCACUGAAUCACCUUCUUUCUUGAUGUGUAGAAGAAAUCGACACCGGCUACUCUGCUGAAACGUAACCCUCUCUUAGCUGUUAGUAGCUAAACUAUCAAACAAUAUGAUGUCAAAGCAACGGAAAUCAGCUUUUUAUCGACCAAACCUUCCUACAUGAAGUGAAAGGAGUUCUUAGUGAUAAACGUACACGGAAAAGAUCGCACAUCUUUGCAGGUGCAGCUCUGCAGGAGAGUUUGGGCGUCUUUCAGCUCAUUGUUUUGGUUUUCGGGCCUGAGAUUUAAACGUGUUCGCAGACAGACAAAGUUAACGGCUGGCUGGAGAACAUAGUGAAGCAUUAAGAAAGUAAAGAGUCACUAAUUCUACCAGUUCUCCAGCUGAAGCUGCAACAGAGGAGGACGAGAGCAGAUUUGAUCAACCAGGGAAUCAUGCCACCACUGAAAAGUUCAGCUGCCUUCCAUGAACAGAGACGGAACUUGGAACGAGCACGGACUGAGGACUAUCUCAAGAGGAAGAUCAGGAGUCGACCGGAGCGAACAGAACUGAUCAGGAUGCACAUCCUGGAGGAGACGUCAGCGGAGCCGUCACUGCAGGUCAAGCAGCUGCAGCUGAAGAAAGCUCGCCUCGCCGACGAUUUGAACGUUAAGAUCUCCCAUCGGCCGGGGCCCAUGGAGCUGAUUCACAAAAACAUCCUGCCUGUUCACUCCAUCAUUAAACAGGCCAUAGAGACACAGUUUCCAAAGGCUGCAGGUGAUAACUCAUCCUGUGACGUGGACAGCAAUGACAGUUUGUCCCCAGAACAGCCAGUAGGACAGGAGUCGCCUGCGGCCGUGGGACCCCCACCCUCUCCACAAGACACUGAGAGCUGCAUCCCCUCUCCUACACAGGACCCUCCUUCAGCUCCUCGUGUACCUCUGCUCUCUGGACACCGACCCUCACUGAAGCUAACCAAUGGGGUGACAGCACCAUCUGCCCAGAGGAUGGGUGUGGCCUCUCUGAUCAGGACGAAACCAAACUCUGACCGCUCCGCCCAGAGACACAAGAAACCAAAGGACAACCAGCCAAAGAUAAAGAAGUUAAAGUACCAUCAGUACGUCCCUCCUGACCAGAAGGGAGAAAAAGAGCCUCCUCCUCUGCUGGACUCGUCUUAUGCCAAGAUCCUGCAGCAGCAGCAGCUUUUCCUGCAUCUCCAGAUCCUCAGUCAGCAGCAGCAGCACUACAACUACCAGGCCAUCCUGCCGGCUCCACCCAAACCUCAGAAAAAUUUGUCUUCCUCCUCCAACUCCAGGACCACCUCCUCCCCACCGUCGCCUCUCGCUGCCCCCCCCUCUGUCCAGGGCCGUCACAGCUCAGCUCCUUUAGAUGGGACACAAGCAGGGUCUCUACCUCUAAACCUGGAUGAGAUGAAGGUCGUGGAGCUGAAGUGCCAGCUGAAGCUGCGUAGCUUGCCCGUCUCCGGCACCAAAACAGGCCUCAUCGAGAGGCUGAAGGCCUACCAGGAGCUGAACGGAGGCAGUGGCACUACCUCCGCUCCAACAGCAGGGGGUAACACAGGGCCGGGGGCGGAAGGAGCAGGAAGAUCCUCCCAUCCUGCUGCAGCCGUCGCCGACAGCGCAUCACAGCGGCAACAGAUCCAGUGCUGCCGGGCAUCCUCCCUGACGAGUCAGCUAGCCGCUCCUCAGCAGCUUGUGACCUCCAGUGGUGCGGUGUCACCACCCCCCCCCGUCUCCAUCACCCUCUCUGACCACCCGCCGGCCAACAGCAGUCCAGUGGAGUCCAGCGGCAACAGUGAUGCUUUGGAGGAAAUGAUGAGGUCACCUCUCUCCCAGUCGGGUCUUCAGCCACGUUCAGCUCCUCGGCUUUCAACGAAUAUUAAACAAGAGUUCCCAUGUUCCGCCCCAGCUCCGUGUCAGUUCUCUCUAAAGCCAGCGUCUCUGCAGAAACACCGCCCGCUCCCGUCAGCUGUCCCCACAGCUCCAGUACGGACUCUGGACAAAGACAAGAUGCUGAAGGAGAAAGACCAGCAGAUAGAGGAGUUGACCAGGAUGCUGAGGCAGAAGCAGAGGCUGGUGGAGGUGCUGAGGAUGCAGCUGCAGCAUGGGAACCGAGGAGCGCAGGUUUCUGAGCCUGUGGUUCUUGUAAGAGUAAAACAAGAACCUCCUGAUAAGCCUGCUGUCACCCUCACGUCUGUCCAUCCUCCAUUCCCCCCUCCCACAUCAUCUGUUUCAUGUGACACUAAAGUCACAGUCAAACAGGAAGCCCCUGAGACGGAGGAAGUGCAAUCCCUAGACUCCCGUGGAUCUUACUUGCAAACUCAGGAAGCACAGGAGCAAGUUCAGCUGCACAUCGAGCCACAGAACAAACAGCAGCAUCAUGACUGUCUGCAGCAGAACGCUCUGCAGCUGGCCCAGCGGCACGUCGUACACAAACUCCUGCUGCAGCAGCAAAACAUCCACAACUGUAACCAGGCGCUGGAGAAUCAGCAGAAACUUUCUCUGCAGAAAAAGAAGAAAUCUCACAAACAGCAGCAGAAGCAACAGAUUCUAAUGAAACAACAACUGAAGCCGCUGUUUCAGCAGCAGCCGACUAAACAGCCACAGCAAAUCCAGAUACACACCAAGAUACAUUUGAAGCAACAACAGGUGCUAAUACAGAAGAAACAACAGGUGCAGCAGCAGGCCCCACAGGUGUCUCAGGAGUACGUGAAGGAGCAGUCAGGAUCGGUCCCCUCUCUCCCGACCUGGUCAGACUCCACCGCGGCCCUGGUCACAGACGGGGAAGGAAACCACUUCUUGAUCGCACUGAGCAAUCGCAUCACUGACGCACCCGAGGGAAAAGCGACCAAUCACAUCACUCUCCAGCAGGUAGAGAACAGGGGACCCCAGGUGUCAGGGGACCGACCACAGCAGGGAGCCGCUCAGUGUGUGUCCGCCCCCCCCAGUCUGCAGCCCCUCCUCCAGAACCAGGAGGCCGCUCCCUCGGGGGAAAACAUCCCAUCACCUCCCUCUCACACUCUCGGCUCCAGUCUGGAUGUUUUAUUUAGUCGUCUGUCUCCAGCUUCUGUUCAGACGGCCGCCUCCUCGCCGGAUAACAAACCUACAGAGCAUGAAGAUGAUUUUAUCGACAUCAUUUUGCAGACAGGAGAAAAGUCGACCCCCUUCAACACAGCAUCAGACUCGUCCCUGGACCGUCUCAAUCCAAACUCCCCUGCCUCCUCCCCUGCCUCCUCCCCAUUCCAGCUGAUGCUAUCUCCUCCCGUCGCACCCAGCUGCGACACCCCCCCGCCCUCCGUCUCAGAGCGCUCCGAGCUUCAGACUCUGGUCGACGCCACAGGAGAGGAACAGCACUUCAACACUGGGAGCGGACGCCUGGAGGACUUCCUGGAGAGCACCACGGGCAAGCCUCUCCUGGGGGUGGAGCCCGGAGGCCUGCUGACGCUGAUCGACGACCUCCACAGCCACAUGCUGUGCACCCCCAGCAUCCUGGACCACCCCCCGUCUCCCAUGGACACCUUCAACAUGGCACCAGAGGAGGAGCGUGGCCUGGACAGUAUGGAUUGGUUGGACCUCACAAUGGGAGUAGAGACAGGGGAGGAAAGCACCACGCUCGCCCCGCUCGGCCCUCACACUCCCGCUAGUAUCUUCUCCACAGACUUCCUGGACAGUUGUGACCUGCAGAUACACUGGGACUCCUGCCUGUAGGAUGUAUGUGCAGCGGUUAGUACACAUACACCAACAUGGAACUGAUUGCUGAGGCUUCAGUUUUUGAUGAGAGCACUUUUCUCUGCAUCUUCACACACGUUUGCUUUAUUGAAUCCUCAAGCACUUUGACCUUUAUUGUACUUACACACUGCAGUAUUGACUGCAUACACGUAUUAGGCAGGUCCUACAUAUGUACUCACUUACAUAGUAUAUCUACUCAGAUAUAUAUCUGGACCCAAUCUGUGCUGAGGCUCUUUGAACUGGGUCAUGUACCUGUUGCCUGCAGACAGACGAAUCUACCUGAGGACGCAGACGCCAUGUUGAUGUGGAAAGGUCAAUCGGUUUAUUUGACCUUUGUCUAAUUAGAAUGCGAGCUCUUCCUUAGCGGCCUUUCGUAGUAAACAUAAUCCAUAUUUGACCACUGCAGGAAAAAGAUAUAGGUAAUCGAUGAGAUUGGGUCAAAGACGGAUUUCCCAGCAACACGACUGUGUAAAUAGGUUGUUUGUAGACGAGCUGUCCUCCAUAAUUUAAAAAUAUUAAAAAACAUAUGAACAGUGGGAGAAAUUAAGCUAAUUAAUUGAUUUGACGUCAUUCUGGAGGACAAAAGACAUGAAGUAUUUAAAGAUGUGAUCUAAUCAGAGUCGGUUCUUGUUUCAUUCACAACACAACUUCCUCCAAACAACUCUUAUGCAAAAGGUUUUAUGCAACUGUCACCAGUGAAGCAAGUUACUGCAUCAGGUACUGAGGUGAGAGAUGGUGACUCCUGCAGAUGAGCGCAACAAAAUAAACUUGAUUUAUCUUAUUUAAGUUUAUUUCCAGGAUUACAGAGAGAACAUUACAUUGAUAUUUAAAAUAUUGGGGUGUUUUUCGAGUAUUUGUCAGAGAAUGACCCUUUAAUGUCACGUGAAGCCAAAUGUCUUAAUUUCUUAAUUGAUGUAAUUCUAUGAACAUUAUAAACACGUACACACAUUUUGUAUUUAUAUAUGUUAUGUAUGAAUGUCUUUGCUAUGACGACCUCUGAAUGUAAACAUGUGGGACUAAGGUUUGUGCACCUGGUGUAGACUCUACAUCUAUAUUCACAAUACUGCGUGUUACUGCUUUAGAAACAGCCUCACUGUCGUUUCUCUCCCGUUCUGUUUGCUCUUAAUGAACAAACAGUAUCAUAUGAAAGAGAAGGGACUGUAUACAGUUGGAUAAAAUGCCUUCAUGUUAAGGCAUUUGUCAUAUUUUUUGUUUUAAUGGUGAUAACUGGCUGUCCUGUACUGUAUCAGUACUGUGGCCACUGAGGUUUUUAUUUCCCUCUGAGAUUUUACACUGAUGUUUAGGCACUAAAGAUUUAUUAUAAGACACGUUUGUUUGUAUAGUUUUAUAAAAUCUAUACACCAGAGUGUAACACUCUGUGUAUAGGUUGGUGUGAACUGUGACUACUAUUUUCAGCCAGAGAAAACGUGCUUUUAGCCUCUUGAACAUGAUAUGUCAAAUGUGCCUUUAGAGAAUUUCCUCAGUUGUCACUUGGACUCAAAGAGGAAAUGAUUAGAUUUCAUUGGGCAAAGGUCAAAGGUCAUAUACAGUUAGUCUAAAUAUGGCAAAUGAAACUACUGGUUGUUGGAGGGGAGGCAUACAACCUCAGGGCAGUAAUUAUAUCAUCAUAUGAUUAGACACUGGUUGUUACUGGUUUUGUGAACAUGUGUAAAUGGCUGUUUUACAGAUCUACUGAUUGAAAUGAUAAUGAGACUCUGACGUCUUGGAACUGGCGAUAAAGCGGGAAAACUUUUGAUUUAUAAAAUAAAACUGAAUAAUGUCU